AUGUUUCGCUUUCGAGCUCUCCCUAAUCAUGGAACCGUGUCCUGUCUCCUCAAAACCUUCUCGUCGUCCUCAUUCUCAUUCUGUUUGCGACUCUCUUUGAAGGUCUCUUUGUCUAGUUUCCCUAUCUCGAGCUCGGCCUUGGUCCAUUUCUAUGCAACUAAUUCUCUCCCUGAUAAUGUGCUCAAGGUGUUCAAUGAAAUUCGUCACAGAAACGAAUACUCUUAUGCUGCUGCCAAUGUUGGGCUUGCCCAGAACGAUCGACCCAUUGAUGCAAUUCGGGUUUUCAAGAUAAAUCAAAACGAUAGGGUGCCAUCGACAGCGUACAUUGUCAGCGGCGCUCUGUGUGCGGCGGCGCAUCUGGCUACGCUUCAGCUGACGAGAGUGAUACAUUCACACGCUAUAGUUACUGGAACAGACUACGACAUUGUGGCCGGGACUGCACUGAUCGUUGUGUGCGGGAAGUCAGGAGUGGUGAUCGAUGCUCAAAAAACAUUUGAUUGGUUUAUAGCCGACUCAUGUUUGGUUACACGGACCGAAAUGAUGGGGGCUUAUGCUCCGCAAGGAUACGUUGAAUCUGCUCGACAGCAUUUUGACGAAAUUGUUUUUAGAAAAUAUUUUGUACCCAGUGAGUGCACGUUUCUCGUAAUCCUCACUGCGUGCAGCAACGCAGGCCAGGUCGAUGAGACCACACGUUUAUGGCUGGAGAUAUGA